AUGCGUGUCCGGCACGUCGCCGCGGAACUUGGAACUUGGUGGGAUAAGAAGCUCAACUGCAUCGCCAUAGAAGGCCAGGAUUUUGCUCAGGAUACGCAGGAAGAGGGUGCGGAUCAAUUCGAGUUGAUCCCUGAUUCGGAUGAGGAAGGCUCCCAACAGGUUUCAUCCUUUGUUGCCGAGGACGAUGAGUUUGUGCCUGAAACAGAACCACAGGAUAUGCUUGUGGUGAAGCACAUUGGCAGGCAGGGUGUCACAAAAACUCGUGGGCGUUUGUGUACCAUGUUCCAUGAAUGGCGCAAGGUUCUGUUGGAGAGUGAUAAGGCAUGCACAAGCCAGAUUAGAACCAGCAAGAAAAACAUAUGCUCAAGGUACAUUGUAAGCAUCAAAGAAAAGGAUGAUAAGAAUGACGCCAAGGACGAUAACGAGCAUAAGGCCAGCUUCUCUCAUAUAGAGACAGACGACGAGGCUACACCAAUCAAUGUGUGGGAGGCAAGAGGUAAGGAGAACUAA